GCGGAAGUCCCUGUCGAAGAGAGCAGCAGCUGCGGAGAACAGUGGUUGCUGGUGCCGCUCUGGUCCACGUGGGCCGCGUUGUGAGAGUACCGGGUGGGGGACAGGCAGUCGCGGCUAGAGGCGCCACUGGUCGGCCGAGCGGGCCUCGGGCCAUCCGGCGAGUUAGAGUAGCGUGGACGCGCGCACUCGCUGGGACAUGGACACUCCCCCGCUGUCAGGUUCGGACUCGGAUUCUGAUGAUUCUCUGGUCACAGACCGAGAGUUGCAGGAUGCGUUUUCCCGGGGACUCCUGAAGCCAGGCCUCAAUGUCGUGCUGGAGGGGCCGAAGAAGGCUGUGAACGACGUGAGUGGCCUGAAGCAGUGUUUGGCUGAAUUCAAGCGGGAUCUGGAGUGGGUUGAAAGGCUUGAUGUGACCCUGGGUCCCGUGCCGGAAGUCAGUGGACCUCAGUCAACACCUCAGAAUAAGGAUCAGAAAGCUGUUGAUCCAGAAGAUGACUUCCAGCGGGAGAUGAGCUUCUACCGGCAGGCCCAGGCUGCAGUGUUGGCGGUAUUACCCCGCCUCCAUCAGCUCAAAGUCCCUACGAAGAGGCCCACUGACUAUUUUGCAGAGAUGGCCAAGUCUGAUCAACAGAUGCAGAAGAUUCGACAGAAGCUGCAGGCUAAACAGGCGGCCAUGGAGAAGUCUGAAAAGGCAAAGCAACUGCGGGCGCUUAGGAAAUACGGGAAGAAGGUGCAAACAGAGGUUCUUCAGAAGAGGCAGCGAGAGAAAACACAUAUGAUGAAUGCCAUUAAGAAAUAUCAGAAAGGCUUUUCUGAUAAACUGGAUUUCCUUGAGGGGGAUCAGAAGCCUGUUGCACGGAGAACGAAGGAAGGAGCAAAAGGCCAGCAGAUGAAGAAGGGGCCCAACGCUAAGCGGCGGUAUAAAAACCAGAAGUUUGGUUUUGGUGGAAAGAAGAAAGGCUCCAAGUGGAACACGCGUGAGAGCUAUGAUGAUGUAUCCAGCUUCCGGGCCAAGACGGCUCAUGGCAAGGGCCUCAAGAGACCUGGGAAGAAAGGAUCAAAUAAGAGGCCUGGAAAACGGACAAGAGAGAAAAUGAAGAGCAGAGCACGCUGAACAGCAUCUUCAUACACAAAGAACCAAGAAAAGGGGUUGCAGGCUUGGGAUUUCACCAGACAGUUGUAUUUCUUCUGUUGGGAUAUUUUCGUAAAAAGUUUUUCCAAUAAACUAAAAAAUUUUCAAAGAAACAUAGAAUCUUGGUUAAAAACUCAGUAAUAAAAGGUGGAAAAGUUACUUUUA